AUGAUGCGAGUAUCGCACGAAAGCUGGCUUAGCGCCACUGUCAAGCUGGUGAUGUUCCUGCUGCUGAUGGCGUCGAGUGGACGACAUUACUGCGUAAGUGUGAAGCUACCACCCAAGUGGAGCCACCGGGUGGGCAUGCGAGUUCUGAUAGGUUUUCUGGUGAGCUUACAGCUGGCGCAGGACUUCAAGGGAGCGAUCGAUCAGUGCACGAAGGACUUCGACAUGGACAUGGACAUCGUGAUCUCGCUUAAGUACGGUGACUUUACCGAACGGGAUCCACUCAUCGAGUGCUUCACGGAGUGUCUGAUGAAGAGGGCUGGCUUCAUGUACGACGAUUACACGUACAAUAAAACGCUCAUUGUCGAGUUUGCCGGUCGAUAUUUGGAACCAGAAGGGGCUCAAACGGUGUAUGACAACUGCAUCGAUCGAUUUGGUCGGACGGUGUGCGUCACCGGCUUUGAGAUGUACCAAUGCAUCCACGAGACGGCCGUUUCCGAGUGGGUUUCUAGCAACAUGAAGUAG